CUUUACUUCCGGUUACCUCGAUUUCAUUGCCGGUUUUGGCGCACGUGUAAAAUUAGCUUAUUUUGUUAAUUUCUAGAAGAAUGGGUGAAGAAAACUUAAGCAAAAAAAAUUAAAAAUGUUUAGCUCUGCAUUGAGAAAAAGUUGUUUUUGGCUUGUCCAAUGUUCUAAAAGGCUAGGAGGACAAAGAUCUGGUUUUCUAUUAGCAACAAGAACCACACGUCUAACAUAUGCUCAAUGCAGUGAACUUAAAAGACGAAUGAAAGCAGAAAAAAAAGCUAAAGAAAAAGCUGAAAAAGGGCCUCAGAACACACCACAAGUUAACGAAUCAGACAAAGCUGUGAAACCAAAAGAUGAUGAAGAAAUUGAUGCAAAUGAAUACUUCAAGCUCAGGUCAAAAUCUAUUGCACAGCUUAAAGAAAAGGGACAAAACCCCUAUCCACACAAAUUUCAUGUACAGAUGUCUCUGUCCACAUUUAUUGACAAUUAUGACAGUACACCUAUGGGAGAAACUAGGGAAGAGGAAGUCACUGUGGCAGGAAGAGUUCAUGCUAAAAGAAUGUCCAGUUCCAAACUGAUAUUUUAUGACUUGAGAGCUGAAGGAGUCAAAAUCCAGGUCAUGUCAAAUGCAAAAUUUUUUGAACCAGAAGAUUCUUUUGAUGAAAUAAAUGACAAUAUAAAACGAGGGGACAUUAUUGGUGUUGUAGGAAAACCAGGUAAAACAAAAAGAGGAGAGCUGAGUAUUAUACCAAAGACAAUAACAUUAUUAUCUCCAUGUCUUCAUCAACUGCCACAUUUACAUUAUGGUCUUAAAAACCAGGAAACGAGAUACAGACAGAGAUAUUUAGACAUGAUUAUAAAUGAACCGGUCAGACAGAAAUUUAUAACCAGAGCUAAAAUUAUAAACUACAUUAGAAAAUUCUUUGAUCAACAGGGUUUCUUAGAGGUAGAAACUCCACUAAUGAAUAUGAUCCCAGGUGGUGCUACAGCCAAACCUUUCAUCACACAUCACAAUGAUCUUAACAUGGACUUAUAUAUGAGAGUAGCACCAGAACUUUAUCUCAAAAUGUUAGUGGUUGGAGGUAUGGACCGUGUAUAUGAGAUAGGUAGACAGUUUAGAAAUGAAGGCAUUGACUUAACACAUAACCCUGAGUUUACAACAUGUGAAUUUUAUAUGGCCUACGCAGACUACCACGACCUAAUGGUAAUAACAGAGUCACUGGUAUCUGGUAUGGUAAAGACCUUGACUGGUGGCUAUAAAGUACCCUAUCAUCCUGAGGGUCCAGAUGGACCAGUGUGGGAAGUGGAUUUUACACCACCAUUCAGAAGGAUUAAAAUGAUUCCAGAAUUAGAGUCCAAAUUAGGAGUUAAAUUUCCAAAUCCUACAGAAUUUGGCAAAGAGGAAAGUAGAAAAUUUCUUGAUGACCUAUGUAAAAAGAAUGGAGUAGAAUGUACAUCACCAAGAACAACAGCCAGGUUAUUAGACAAAUUAGUUGGUGAAUAUAUAGAAGAGCAAUGUAUAAGUCCAGCCUUUAUUACAGAACAUCCACAUAUUAUGAGUCCAUUAGCUAAAUGGCAUAGAACAACACCAGGUUUAACAGAAAGACUAGAAAUGUUUGUUUGUAAAAAGGAGAUAAUAAAUGCAUACACAGAGUUAAAUGAUCCUGUAGUCCAGAGAGAGAGAUUUGCACAACAAGCUAAAGAUAAAGCCGCUGGAGAUGAUGAAGCUAUGUUUGUAGAUGAGAAUUUCUGUACGUCUCUAGAAUAUGGUCUGCCCCCAACAGCUGGAUGGGGUCUAGGGGUUGACAGAUUAGCUAUGUUUCUUACAGAUUCAAACAAUAUAAAGGAAGUAUUAUUAUUCCCCGCCAUGAAACCUGAUGACCAGAAACCCCCAGUCAAAGAAGGAGAAGAAGGAAAUGAAAGCUAACGAAAAAAACAUUUCAUGACAUCUUGUUAUUUAUUUAUUAUUUUUAAGAAUCUUAAUUGCAUGAGAAUUUUCUUACAAUAAUGGUAAGAUAUUUUCAUUAGGCCUAUUGUUAAUGAAAAUCUGUAUUUCAUGCAGGAUUUUAUAAAUGACUUUAACAGUAAAUCAUUUGAAAAAAGAAGAUUCAGUAAGACCUUUAACUUACCAUAAAUAAGAUUUUGAGAUAAAGAUUUCGAAGAAAAGACCAGAAAUAUUAUUUUUAUACAAAAACAAAACUGAUAUGCCACUCAUUAAUUAAAAUUGGCUUUGUGUUAGGUACCUUAGAUCAAUUGAGGGCUACACAAAACAAAAAUUUUACACUUUUUUGCAGUGUUGAUAUGAAUAUAUGUACAGUUCUUAAUUAAGAGAACAUUUUAUUUGUUGAAUCAUGAAGCUAAGACGUCAAAUAAGACAUUUCUAGAAUUACUUAAAUUUUAUCUUUAUAAUGAAAUAUUCUGUCAUUUUGCAUGUAGGACAAAAAUGGCAUUUGAAUCACAUAUCUUUAACCAAUUCCUUUUACUUGAACAUAGUGUUUUGAAGAAUUACAGGUUUUGGGAGCUUUUGUUUAAUCAUUUGCAUCAGUGUACCUUUAGUUAUAUACACAUGAUUUCUUGAGAUACGGAUUAGUUUAUAGACAUCAAAUAUUCUGAAAUUCAAGAAUUAUAUUGAAUAUGGAGUUUUGCUUGAAAUUUCCUACAUCAAGCUUAUAUUGAAAAAGAUUUUAUUAGUAAAAAAAGUCUAGAAUACCAAGCUUGUAUGAAAACAGCUGAAAUAUGAAAUAAAUUUUUAUUAAACUUUCUGAAACAAAAGUCUAGAUUUAGUUAUUCAAGUUUUUAUUAUGCAGUAGUUUACUGUCAGAUUAAAAAUUAAGAGACCUUGCCAUACAAAUCAGUUUAAUUGUAUUUUGUCCAAUGACAACAUAGAGACAGAAAAUGUUGAGUACUUAAUCAAUCUCAGUUUACUGUGAAGGAUGUUAACAACAGUGUGUAUAUUUAGAUUGAAAUUUAUGAAUUUGUGUCUGUUUUAUAAACAUUGGUUGUUUGAGAGAAAAAUAAAAGUGCUACAUAUUUAUAUAAUGAA